GUUUCCGCCUGAGACUUGCAUCGUUCCUUUGACCCCACACUUCCCCCUCUGAUCCGAUACACCCAAGCCAGUGUCCGCACCUCCCCCUCCCCUCCCAGCUCCACCUGCCCCCGUCAGCUCGUCUCGCUCCAACACCAACACCCUCCCGCCUCUCAAUCUGCCAAAUUGCAUGACUCCCUACCUUCACUCGUCUCCACUGCCAUCCUGGCCCACGUCCCUCCAUCGAACUUCUAGCUCUCACGAAGACAUCCUCCCCGCAUCUGGCCCACUCCAUCCACGACAACAACACCCCUCUUCGCUUUCCAUCCACCAAAUCACACCUGCCCGACAAUUCAAACGCGAACAACUGCAACAACCUCCGCCAUCACCCCCACCCCCUCCCGCUCUACCACAAUCUCAAAAGAACAGCGAUGACAACAUGCCAGCGACCAGCGACUUCCUCAAGAAACUGUACAAGAUACUUGAGGAUCAGUCCUUCCCACACAUAGUAUCAUGCGGUCCAAAUGGUGGUUGCUUUGUCGUAAAGGACAUGAACGACUUCACGAAAUCAAUCCUCCCUCGCAUGUUUAAACACUCUGAUUUUGCCUCGUUUAUCAGGCGGCUGAACAAAUAUGACUUGCACAAGGUCAAAAAUACCGAUGACACCCAAUUUGGUGAACACUCGUGGACAUUUUGACAUCCUGACUUCCACGCUGACCGGCGAGAAGCCCUGGAAAACAUGAAACGCA